ACAUUCAACAUAACACAUGUAAAUGUCAUCAUUAUUUGUAAUGUGAAGGACGUUUUAUUCCAAAUCAUUCUUGAAGUUUGAAAAAUUAAAAAAAAAGUCUUGUCUUGCGUUGGGUGGGCACAGGUGAGUCACAUGACUAAAAAAGUUUUUGGGUGACCAUCAAUAAAAUGUCAAUGUUUGCUGAUGUCAGAGCGUGCGGACACACCCCCUACACAGGUCACGCCUCUCCAGAUGUACCAACUGCCCCUCCUCCCCCAGCCACUCAAAGCCUCUGGAGGUACCACAAGAACAACAUGGCCGACUCUUCAUCGUCAUCCUCGUUGCGACGUGACCUCACACGCUCAGGCUUGCAGCUGAUCCAGUGGGAGGAUCCCAGGAAGUCGGCUGCAGUGUUGGGCCUGUCGUUGUUGGUAUUGGUCUCCUUGGCGAUGCUGUCCGCCAUCACUGUGGUGUCCUACGUGCUUCUAGCGUGUCUUUGUGUCACCAUCACCUUCCGAGUGUACAAGUCCUUCCUGCAGGCCGUCAGCAAAUCACAGCAGGGCCACCCCUUCCAGUCUCUGCUGGACCAGAACAUCUCGUUGUCCCCCGACUCAGUGCGGAUGGUGGCCGACACGUGCACAAUGCACGUGAACCAAGCAGCAGCUCAGGCUAGGAGACUUCUGCUGGUGGAAGACCUAGUGGACUCUCUCAAGCUGGCAGCCGUGAUGUGGCUAAUGACGUACGUUGGCGCCAUCUUCAACGCAGUCACCGUCCUCAUCCUGGUUGACAUCAUUGCCUUCACCACGCCCCUCAUCUACAAGAAGAGGAAGGCACAGAUUGACGAACACGUCCACGUGAUUCGCUCCAAAAUGGACGACACCUUACACAAGCUACUUGACAAGCUUCCAGGUGCUGUCAAGCGCAUCAACGUUGAGUGACUUGCGCUAUGCUGCCUGAUUGGAUAAGAAAUGAAUUCGGCCUGACAACAAAGUGACUGCUGAUUAUUGAUUACUCUACUAUAAUUGUUGUGAAGUUUCAU